AUGCAUGACGCAAAGCCUGGCGAGCGAACGCCUCUUAACUACACUAUGAAAACAGCUUCGCCCAAAACACCUGGCUCCUUCUCUCACCACUCUCACAACUAUUCUUCCCAUGGGCUGCGCCAUCCCAAGCCGAGCAACAAGCCCGCGAGUCCCUUGUCAUCACCGCGAGCCCCUUAUUCGACUGGUCAGAACUACGCGCCCAAGCUCUCUCCUGGCCGGCCAGUCGAGAUGAGGUCAUCCAGCCCUAAUUACUUUGGCCUUGUGGUCGACUCGACCAAUGACCCUCGGGAUUCGUCUGGCCUGGGUCGGAAUAAUUGGAGUCCCCCGUCCUCGUCUGUCAAGUCCUUUGCCGCCGCAAUCCCCACGCAAUUGCCCCUGGAUGCCAAUCCCGAGUUUGAAGCUUUCAAGCGUCAAGCUGACCUUAACAGAGGCAUGUCACUCUCGAUAUCAUCAGCCACCUUUGGCCUGCCGACUGUCAGGAAUGCGCCCACACGGCCUCCCCCGCCGCCUAGAUGGCACACUCACGCGAGCGACGCGGAUUCAGAAAGGGCGUUUCCACGUUUCGCCAACUCCGCCAAGGAACGCCAGCCAGCUUUCAAGAUGGAUAUAGACCAGGAUAGCCUUCACGAUUCGGCAUAUGUUUCAUCGGACUCGAAGCGAAACUCAGAGUCAUCACUCUUCCCAUUGCAGCUGGGUGGCCUUACUCGAUAUGAGUCUCCACGGCCAAUUGAGGGCACGCAGCAGCGAACUGGGCUCACCAAGGCGGAGGAUCGCGACCCUCGACUGUCUAUAAUGGAGCACAAAUUGGAGCCGCCAGUACCUUCGCCUGGCGAGGUUAGCCGUGCAGCGACCAUGCCGAUCAAGCUGGAUAUGACACAGUCAAUGAUAUCUGGACAGCAACUUAAGGAUAUGAUGAGUGACACGAACCAAGGCCGCCUGCUCGUACUAGAUAUUCGAUCUUCGCAAAACUACGCGCAAUCUCACAUCCAGGGAGCUCUCAACCUGUGCAUACCAACCACCUUGUUGAAAAGAGCUACAUUUAACACCCAGAGACUACAGCAGACUUUCUCUAGCGAAACUGACGCCGAUAAGUUCUCGACGUGGCGAGACAUGGAGACAAUCGUUGUCUAUGAUGCUUACUCGUCCGAUAAGAGAGAUGCAGUGGCACCGCAGAAUAUGAUUAAGAAAUUCACAAACGAGGGCUUCUCGGGAGAGACUUUCAUUCUGCGCGGAGGAUUCACCGCUUUCCAGGAAAACUACCCAACCUUGCUUGAACAGAGAUCCUCUUGCGAAUCUGCCUGCGGUACAUCCAACAAAGGAUUGGCCCCAGUAAUUGGAGGCGUCUCGCUUCCUACAUGUGGGAAUGAGCCGAACCCCUUCUUCUCCAACAUCCGCCAGAAUAUGGAUCUGGCCGAUGGUGUUGGUCAGUUCGAGCUGUCUCGCCCCGAGGCAUUGGAUUCCCCGCUCCUCCCGAAAUGGCUUCGCGAGGCCGUAGAGGAACCCAACAAGGGUAAGAAGGUGGCAGACAAAUUUCUACACAUUGAGAAGGAUGAGAUGUCGCGAAUGAAGAGCGCCUAUGCCGCAUUCAACCCAAAGCAUAAUGUCCAAGGGGCCGUGCAGCUCAUUGGAGUUGAGCAAGGUGGUAAGAACCGAUAUAAAGACAUUCUUCCGUUUGAGCACGCAAGGGUUAAGCUACAUUGCAAGCCGGAUGGUUCAUGUGACUACGUGAACGCAAGCCACAUCCAGCCCUCAAUGAGCAACAAGCGCUACAUCGCCUCCCAGGGCCCUCUUCCCACGACGUUUGAGGAUUUCUGGUCUGUUGUAUGGGAACAAGACGUUCGUGUCAUUGUCAUGUUGACAGCUGAAUCGGAAGGUGGCCAGCUGAAAUGUCACUCGUACUGGAAAGAGAAGGACUACGGACAUCUCAAACUAAAGCCUUUAUCGGAAAAGAAGGCUUCGCUUGACAUCGACAAACACCGGGGCGAUUCGAUCGUUUCUCCUUUACCUUCUGCGAUGGGAGAGAUUCCCCGGAGAAGGGCCAACACGAUGGCAGCUUUUGAGACCCCUGCGCCAUCGAGCCGACCGGUCACGACUCAAGCUGAAACGCCAUACGUUGUUAUCCGAAAGUUUGCACUAUCUCACGCAGCCCAUCCUUUCGAACCAAUGCGAGAGAUCACGCAGCUACACUUCUCGUCAUGGCCAGACUUUGGAGCCCCAGCUCAGCCCUCUCACCUGCUCGCCCUGGUAGAGCUUGCCAACAUCAUGCAGCGCGCUGCUCUCCCUGUGGAGACACCAUCGGUUGUGGGCGGCCGGGCUUCGAUCAAUCAUACACAGGCUACUUGGCACGACGAGCCAGAGUCAGAUAAGCGCGUACGACCCAUGCUGGUGCACUGUUCUGCUGGCUGUGGUCGCACAGGUACUUUCUGCGCCGUUGAUAGUGUUAUUGACAUGUUGAAACGGCAACGUCGCGCGAGGAGUGCCAAUCACCAUGUCAAGAGUGAUGAGGAAGGGGACAUCCAGAUGGAUGAGGCUCAUGAUAUUGUUUCUCCAAAGACGAAUCGCAGGAUGAGCUUCAGUAAUGCCAGCAUCAAGAAGUCGAUUGGUGAAAGAGGAGCUCGUUCUGGGGAGGUUUUGAGCAACGCCAGCUGGGUUGCUGAUGAUACGGUUGAUCUCAUUGAGACAACGGUGGAAGAUUUUAGACGACAGAGACUUAGCAUGGUGCAGAGUCUGCGACAGUUUGUCCUUUGCUAUGAGACGGUCCUGGAGUGGGUUCAUAGGGUGCAUGGAAGCAGGCCAUCAGUUGGUCCACUGGGAGCCGCCAGAGCAAGAAGUGGAAGUCUGCAACAGGCACUACGCGAUCGAGCAUAA